CUCUGGAGCGGAAAGAAAUUUGAAUAGGCGAGCUGCGUGCCCGUUGAAGAAUGCCGGACUCUGGUCAGAUCGUAUUGCGGCGUGCAAUGCAGCCAUACCGCACUGGCUGUUGACCAGCUCAUCUAGGCAUGUAGGCGGAUCUUGGUGGUGGGAGCGGUUUAUUGACAUGAUGCUUGAUGGUAGGAAAAGGUUCACAGAAAAAAAUGGGACGGUAGAGAUUAGACUUUAUGGGUGCGAAUGGGAGAUUUCAGCGAUGUUGAGAGUGGAUAGUCCAUGGUCAGGCUCCGCUUUAGGGCAGGUCGAGAGGGGCCAUGGAACACUUCAGUUGACACUAAGUUGGUUCCAGAAUCCUGGUUCGAUCACAUUUGGCCUGCCCCUUUCUGUAAAUCCAGAUUACACGGUGCGAUUGGAGGAUUAUAACAGCGAUAGGACUCACCACACAGGCGUUCCUCUGUCAUUCGCCCAUGACAUCCGUGAAGACACCAAACUCAAACGAGAUAAUAUGGAAUUUUUUGCGAUCUCCAUUGUGCCCACAGCAGACGAAAUUCAUUCGAACAAACCUGCCUUUAUUAGGCCAAGUCAUAUCUUUCAAGAAGAAAGCACGGAGGAGGCCCGGCGACGAGCCUAUCUCGAAAACCACUUUCGGCUCCUAAGAGAGGACAUGCUCUAUGAGAUCCGAGAAGAACUCCAGCUAGACAAGAAAAGAAAACAGCACCGUAAUAUUGUCGUCGGUAAACUGAGAUUGGCUCGCGCUCAUCGGUCUCUGGAUGCAGAUGAGAACGGCCAUAGGAAACGAGGCAGAUGGUCAAUUGUCUUGCAACGUCUAACAGGCCUCGGACAAUUGUAUAAAAUGAAAUCAAAGGAAGAGAGAAUACACUGGCUGCAAGAUAAUCGUCAAUUUCUCAAGCAUCAAUCGGUCGCCUGCCUGUUGGUCGAUGAGGAGCUGGUUGCACUCGUGACAAUCGACCGAGACGAAGAGAUGCUGGCAUUGUUUCCUCCCAAGCUUGUGGUCCAGAUUGAAGGGGCUGCCAGUAUUUCCAGGGCUCUCCUCAAACUAAAGACUGCACACGAAGUGAAGCUGGUCCAAGUAAACGCACCCAUUUUUGCCUACGAGCCGAUACUCGAUGCUUUGAAGCAGAUGGAAAGCUUGCCCUUCUCAAAGGAGAUUCUUCGUUGGAAGAAAGGGAUGGUCCCAGACGAACUUGGCGUCAUGCCUUCGAGGGUCCUUGUUAAUGGGCCUCACUCAGUCACUGUCCUUGAUACAGGGUCCGCCAGGUAUGUAAAACUAAGCCCAGGAGAGCGUCUUCUGACCAAAUACAUCAG